CGGAGUGUUUGGAGAAGCCGCCAUGGUGCGAAUCACUGAAAGCUUGAUAAGGCAACGAGCAGAGCAUAAUAAUUGUGAGAUAUUUUCUCUGGAAGAAAUUUCAUUGCACCAACAAGAAAUAGAGAAAAUUGAACACAUUGACAAAUGGUGUAGAGAUCUGAAAAUUCUUUACUUUCAGAAUAACUUGAUUCCUAAGAUCGAAAACGUUGGCAGACUAAAGAAACUGGAAUACCUUAAUCUGGCUUUAAAUAACAUUGAAUGCAUAGAAAAUUUAGAGGGCUGUGAAUUUUUGAAGAAACUUGAUCUAACAGUAAACUUUGUGGGCGAACUGACCAGUGUGGAGUCACUCAAAGCUAAUGUGCACUUGGAAGAACUUUUUCUGGUUGGAAACCCUUGUUAUGAAUUUGGUGGCUACAGAAAGUUUGUGAUUGCUGUUCUCCCACAGCUGAAGUGGCUGGAUGGAAAAGAAAUCAAUCGUUCUGAACAGAUCCAGGCACUGCAGGAUUUUCCAAUGGUGCAAAAAUGCAUAUUCGAGCAACAGGCAGCUUACAUCCAGAAGCGAGCCAAGGAAAAGGAAUUGAAGAACUUAGAGGAGAAAAAGAUCAAUGAAAAAGCAGGGGAAAGGAAGCAAAAUCCUAUGUCUAAUGGAUUCUGCAGUGAUGAUGCUGAUAAUGCCUUACUUGUUCAAGAUCAGAACACAAGAAGUGAGCAAAGCAACAUUGAUGCAAAAGAGGGUAAAGCUCUCAGAAAAACAGAUGAAGAUGAGAUGAACAAAAAAUUCUGGGAGGAGCCUUCAUAUUACACACCUGAAUCAAGACUGGAAACCCACAGAUACAUUGAGAAGAUGAGGAAAUCUAAAGAGCAGGACAAAAAUCAUAGAAAACAGAAACCACAACGAAAGCUGAGAACGUCUGAAGGAAGAAUCCUUAAUGUUAAUGAACCUAAGAUUGAUUUCUCAUUGAUCGAUGAUGAGGAAAAUAAUCAAUUACUAUUAGAUCUUGCUAUUUACAGGUAUCUGGAUACAUCUUUACUUGACAUUGAUGUUCAACCAACACAUGUUUGUGUGAUGGUUAAAGGAAAGGUAUUUCAGCUAGUACUUCAAGAAGAAGUGAAACCUGAUAGUAGUUCUGCCAAAAGGUCCCAGACGACUGGACAUUUGCUUAUUACAAUGCCAAAGGUGCAUGAAAUUAUUAGGCCAAAGCCCAAGAGUAAAACUACAGCUAGACCUUUAACCAGCACCAAUCCAGACCCAGAUGUUUCAAGAACAACUCAAUGUAUUGAGAAGUUAGAAGUGGAUUCAAGCAAGCGUGUUGACUUGACCAAUAUUGUGACAGCAAAGAAAUCAGUUGCUCAAGGUCCUCUCAGAUUUCACCAAAGUAGAGUAUCAGAAAGGAACAACGGUGACUUCCAAGAUAAUCCUGAGGUUCCACCAUUGGUCAAUUAAAAAUGGAUAUGAAUCAGCACUCAUUCUUCUGGACAUCUGAUGAAGUGAAUUUCUUUGCCCUGGAUAUGAGUUGGUAAAUUUAAUUGGGUAGUUUCACUAAUUUUAAUUUAAGCAGUGUUAAAAAUAAAAUUUAACAGUACUAGAAUUCUUGGGUCUUAUGUUGCUUAUUAGUGACUGAGGUCACCAGACAUCAAUCACAAAGAACCAACUUGUUAUAGCUAUGCUUGUUAGUUAAAAUGAUAGACUUUGAGCACAGUUUUAAGGAACCUGCUAAAUCACUAUUGCUAUUAAGUUUUUAAAAGCUUUUAUAAAUCAGACCUACCUAAACUUUAAAUGAAGAAACCAAAAUCAUAUAAUUCAUUUUUUACUCGUGUAUUUUAUUGAUUGCCACCUACUGGCAGUGCAGAAGAAUAAGUUUAGAGAAGUUAGAUUUUUAUUUAACUGGAAAUUAGUUUGUUCUAAAAACAAAGCAAGCUGCUGAAAACAUAAAAAAUUAUUCCAUUACUGUUGGCUUAUUUAUAUUUAGUAGUGAUCAUCUGCCAACAUAGUAUAUUUUAUGUGCUCAAACAAGUGGUUUCUCAGGAAUAUAUUAAAUAAAUCUUUUACAGUUUAUGGAUUCAACAGAUCAUUUGAAACACUAAAGACAUCUUUGCGGUACCUGAUCUUCACGUUUCAAAAGAAUACAGUUUCAUUGCCUAUUGCUCAAAUCAAAAUGAACAAUGUGAUUGGUUCUUGUGUUAGAGACAAACAGAUUUCUAUAAUGAAAUCAAAAAACAGAUCUAGUACAAGCCUCUAGCUAUUCAGCAACAAUGGGCACAUCAUUCCAAAUACAUUAUACAAUACUAAUGCACUAUCCUUCUCUUGAAGAGCAAUGUAGCAAAACACUUGCAUGAUAUGAUCAUGUGAAUGUUGAAGUUGAUCAUUUUUCAUAUUUUAAUAAUUGUAAUAAUAUUAGUUUUAAUCAUGCAAGGGAUAUUAAUAUGUAUUCUUUGUUUUAAGCAGAAGGAAGAGUUUUAAGUCUUUCACCUGCCAGACAUUCAAGGGGUAGAAUGUAUUACAUUAAAUUUUGUAAAGCUUUGGAUGAAUGUCUGAACAGUUCAAAAAGACAAUUGGAUUCUUUCUGAACACUGAAUAGUGAGUAAGCUUUCAAAGUGUCUGUACAAGGUAAACAGUGUUAAUGAUUGUAGAAUGUUUGCUGAUAGCAGCUGGAUUCUUUAGUCUCAGGCACCUUUAAAAUGCUCAAGGUCCUCUCAGAUUUCACCAAAGUAGAGUACCAGAAAUCUAGUCAAGAAAUAAGUCAGGUUGGCUUGAUGGAUUCUUUUUUGGAUUUGGGUUUAUUGCUUAUAUGUAAUAUUAAUUUUCUUUUGCAAGUCCAAGGAAUGUUGUGCCAAAACAUUAGUGGACCAAUGGAUGAAGAGCAAUCAUUAAAUUAUCUAAUAGAUUUACACUGAACACUGUGCUAAUGGACACAUGUUUCAUGAAUGAAAGAAACUAUGCUGAGUUAAUGGCAUGAGAACAAAAGAACAGUUUGUCUGUUUCUGGGUUUCUCUGCCUUGUGAAGCUUGUAUAUUGAGCUGCCUUUCCUGGUUUCACAAGACUUCAACUGAGGGCCUGAAAUCGUGAUCAGUGUCCAGGACCCAGGGUGGUUUCAUUAGUCAGUCGGAGUUUGGAAUUCCUCCGACAAUGGUGACAAUCAAGUGAUAACUAAGAAUCCUGAGCCCUGAAAUCUAUGUGACACUACAAGUAUUUUGUGUGGUUUGUGUUUUUCCGUAAUGAUAAUAAAUUAGGCUUAAGUUA